GGAGUGGCGUGGGCUGAAGGACGGUCCAGCUGACAGAGGCGGCAUCGCGCGGAGCGACGCCGCUGCACGAUGACACACGCGCACCUCCCAACCUUCACGCCACCACGGGGCUGACGAGGGCGACACGCGCGUCAACGGCACCGGACGUCAUUGGCCAAUAACCUUUGGAGCAGUAGCGUUAGUUUAACAGUGAGACUGCAGUGUUUGCUGCAAACAGCAGCUGCUCCACUGAUCUGCUCCACCGCCCACAUUCAAACAGAAAUCUGUCAAAGGCAACACCUGAAGAGAUGAGCGGAAGUAAGAAGAUGGAGGACGAGGCGGUGCUGGACCGGGGGGCGUCUUUAACCAAGCACAAAUGUGACGAGGAGGAGGUGGAGGGGCACCACACCAUUUACAUCGGCGUUCGAGUGCCCAAGAGCUAUCGGCGCCGGCGCCGCCACCGCCGGAGAAGCGGCCACAAGGACAGGAGGGAGAAGCUGACGGAGAACGUCUCUGACAAGUCUGACACGGAGAACAACGAUGAGGCCAGCAACAGCAUCCUCAAACCUCUCAUCUCGCCGGCAGCUGAGAGGAUCCGUUUCAUCCUCGGCGAGGAGGACGAUGGCCCCGCGCCGCCUCAGCUCUUCACCGAGCUGGAUGAGCUGCUGUCGGUGGACGGGCAGGAGAUGGAGUGGAAGGAGACGGCCAGGUGGAUCAAGUUCGAGGAGAAGGUGGAGAAGGGCGGCGAGCGGUGGAGCAAGCCUCACGUCGCCACGCUGUCCUUACACAGCCUGUUUGAGCUGCGGACGUGCAUCGAGAAGGGCACCAUCAUGCUGGACAUGGAGGCCUCCACCCUGCCUCAGGUCGUGGAGCUGAUCACUGACAACCAGAUAGAGAUCGGCCAGCUCAAAGCCGACCUGAAAGACAAGGUGAUGUACACGCUGCUGCGCAAGCAUCGCCACCAGCUGAAGAAGUCCAACCUCCGCUCGCUGGCUGACAUCGGCAAGACAGUCUCCAGUGCAAGUAGGCUGUUUUCCAACUCAGAGAACGACAGCCCUACCACGACCCACAAGAACCUGACCUCCAGCAGCCUCAACGACGUCUCUGACAAACCGGAGAAGGACCAGCUGAAAAACAAGUUCAUGAAGAAGUUGCCCAGAGACGCUGAAGCCUCCAACGUGCUGGUGGGUGAGGUGGACUUCCUGGACUCGCCGUUCGUGGCAUUUGUUCGUCUGCAGCAAGCUGUGAUGCUGGGAGCGCUGACGGAGGUUCCUGUUCCUACAAGAUUUUUAUUCAUCUUGCUCGGACCCAAAGGCAAAGCCAAGUCGUACCAUGAGAUUGGCAGAGCGAUCGCCACGUUGAUGUCUGAUGAGGUCUUUCAUGACAUCGCCUACAAGGCCAAGGACAGACAAGACCUGUUGGCUGGAAUCGAUGAAUUCCUGGAUGAGGUGAUAGUGCUUCCUCCUGGAGAGUGGGACCCUGCCAUCAGGAUAGAGCCUCCGAAGACGCUGCCCUCCUCUGACAAAAGGAAGAACAUGUACGCGGGCGGAGACUCCCAGAUGAACGGGGACACGCCUCACGACGGAGGCCACGGAGGAGGGGGCCACGCUGUUGGCGACGAGCUGAAGAAGACGGGCAGGUUCUGCGGAGGCCUCCUGCUCGACGUCAAGAGAAAAGCGCCUUUCUUUGUCAGUGACUUCACCGAUGCCCUUCACAUUCAAGCCCUGUCGGCCAUUUUGUUUAUUUACCUGGGGACUGUGACGAACGCCAUCACCUUUGGGGGUCUGCUGGGUGAUGCUACAGAGAACAUGCAGGGCGUGUUGGAGAGUUUUCUGGGAACAGCCAUCGCUGGGGGGGUUUUCUGCCUCCUCGCUGGCCAACCUCUCACCAUCCUCAGCAGCACUGGUCCCGUUCUGGUGUUUGAACGGCUGCUUUUUAACUUCAGCAGAGAAAACGAACUGGACUACAUGGAGUUCCGGCUGUGGAUCGGCCUGUGGUCGGCGUUCUUCUGCCUGGUGCUUGUGGUCACCGACGCCAGCUUCUUGGUUCAGUACUUCACGCGCUUCACGGAGGAGGGGUUCUCCAGUCUCAUCAGCUUCAUCUUCAUCUACGAUGCCUUCAAAAAGAUGCUGAAGCUGGCUCACCACUACCCCAUCAACUCGGACUUCAGGCUCGACGAGGUCACGCAGUACGACUGCCUCUGCAUGGCCCCGGCCCUCGAAACCUCCACUGUUCUUGAUGAAGGCUGGUUCUGGAACAACACGGAUCUGCCGGCCAACGCCACCUGGUCGUCGCUCUCUAAAUCCGAGUGCUUGAAGUACCAGGGCGAGCUGGUGGGGAAGGCCUGCGACUUCGUCCCUGACAUCACCCUCAUGUCCUUCAUCCUGUUCUUCGGCACCUACACCUGCUCCAUGUGUCUGAAGAAGUUCAAGAGCAGCCCGUUCUUCCCCACCACUGUGCGAAAACUCAUCAGUGACUUCGCCAUCAUCCUGGCCAUCCUCAUCUUCUGUGGAGUCGAUGUGCUCGUUGGAGUCGAUACCCCUAAACUCAUCGUGCCCACCGAAUUCAAGCCAACGAGUCCCAACCGCGGCUGGUUUGUGCCCCCGUUUGGAGGAAACCCCUGGUGGGUUUACCUGGCGUCAGCCCUGCCCGCCCUGCUGGUCACCAUCCUGGUGUUCAUGGACCAACAGAUCACAGCCGUGAUCGUCAACAGGAAGGAGCAUAAGCUGAAGAAAGGGGCCGGCUACCACCUGGAUCUGUUCUGGGUGGCGGUUCUGCUGAUCGUCUGCUCCUUCAUGGGUUUGCCGUGGUACGUGGCAGCAACCGUCAUCUCCAUCGCUCACAUCGACAGUCUGAAGAUGGAGACGGAGACGUCGGCUCCUGGGGAACAGCCCAAGUUCCUGGGUGUGAGAGAGCAGAGGGUCACUGGCGUUGUCGUGUUCAUGCUCACAGGACUGUCUGUCUUCAUGUCCCCCAUUUUAAAGUUCAUCCCGAUGCCUGUGCUCUACGGGGUUUUCCUCUACAUGGGGGUCGCUUCGCUCAACGGCGUGCAGUUCAUGGACCGACUCAAACUGCUUCUCAUGCCAGCGAAGCAUCAGCCCGACCUGAUCUACCUGAGACACGUUCCCCUGAGGAAGGUUCACCUCUUCACCUUCAUGCAGGUCAUCUGCUUGGCUCUUCUGUGGAUCCUCAAGUCCACAGUGGCUGCCAUUAUCUUUCCCGUUAUGAUUCUCGCUCUGGUCGCCGUCAGAAAGGGGAUGGAUUACAUGUUCUCCCAGCACGACCUCAGCUUCCUGGACGACGUCAUCCCAGAGAAGGACAAGAAGAAGAAGGAAGACGAGAAGAAGAAGAAGAAGCAGAGCAGCGUGGACAGCGACGCUGAGGACGAGAGAAGUCUCCAUCUUUCCUUGAACGACACACAUCGUGCUGAGCAGCUCCGCUUUUACGAGGCCAACUACCCGUCCAGCCCUGAGAUGAGUCCGCUGAAGCCUGUGCCUCAGAUUAGAAUAGACAUGGACUCGGACCCGGACCCGGACCCGGACGACGGCCACUCGUUCUACUGGAGGAGCAGAGGCUCUGAAACGUCGCUGUAGAGAAGCAAACCUGCAGUUUGUCUCAUCACUGAAGGGGAAGCGUCGCAGAACAUGAAGGACAGUGAAGCCUAAAGCGUGAUUAUUGUGUUUUUAUACUAUUAAUGAGUCACUCAUGAAUAUAACUCCUACUACUCUUCUAUGCAACCACUCCCACGUCACCCGCAGCUCCUUGACCGCAUGGAUCGCACUCCGCUCUUUUUAUAUGAAUACAUAUACUUUUUAUAUACAUUGAACUUCUCUAAUAACAUUUUCCUGUAGCAGGAAAAUUAUGUUUUUAUAGCUCUACCUCCUGUUUUAGAUCUGAUGCUCAUGAACAAAUGUUGAUUUUGGUAUUUUUUUCUUUAUCCUCCUGUGAAGAUUAUGAUGAUGGUUUAAGAGAUUCAUUUUGUUAUAGCUUGUGAAUCAAAUGUGUGGGAUAAAUAUUUGAAUUAACAGUUAAUUAACAUUUGUGCAGAUGGCGCAAAUCUAUUUUUCACUUGGAUGCCGCUUUAAUUGCUUCACCUCUAACUGAAACUAUUGUUUUCUUCAAAGCUUUUGUUACUCGUUUAAUUUAAAUAAUACGUUUUUGUGUGUUUGUACGUUUGUAGCCUUUUGUGUCUUUAGAAAACUCUUCAGUGACACCAAGCAUCUGAUUCUCCUCAGCCAAACUCUAAACUAGGAGUGCAUCAUAUCAUCAUAUCAUAGCUUGUGCUGCACAAACUACUUUACCUAAGUGGCUUAUAAAAGAAUGCUCGGCUCUGAUGCCACGAGGAGAGAAUCAGGUUCAGACAGUUCACAGAUGUGUCUGUAAACGGAACUGAGCACGGCCCCACUUUGGUUUGAGAAUCACAGCAGUUACUUACCUUAUUUGAAACUGGACGUCCUCCGUCUUCAGCCCCACAACAAAUAAAACGCGAGCCUUCCUUUUAUAAGUUGUGUACGUACAUAAAAAAGGCUCAAACCAAAAAGCAGAAGGCUUUUAAUUUGGUUUUGUGUAUUUGUUUUAACUCCAUGCCAUUAAUUAAUAUCAAUGAGCACAUUGAUGAAAAAUGGAAACAAGUGUGACUUAAUGUCUGGAAGGAAUAAUGUGGGGAGUUGUUAAUUAUGUGUGAGCAUGUCAACAAAAAUCUACAGAAAAUGAAGUGAAAUGUUCAUUUUAGCGAAGAGAUACCGAAACUUUGUUUUGAUUAACUUUUUAGAACUGGUAAAAUGAUUUAUUUUAGAAUUUAUAUUUUUUAAAUGAAGUGUAUAUUGAAAAUAAACUGAAUCAUUAAACCGUGAUGUAUUGAUUUUGUAAAUAUUUAUUGAAUCUUUAAUAAAUGUUUUUGUUUAUUGUGGUCUUCA